CCCCCCCCCCUCCCCAAGGCUUGCAGGACUUCAACGGGCUCAUUCUUCGGCGGGCGCCUUCACACAUCGACUCUCACACUGCCGAUCGCUGCUCUCAGUCAAACAGGGCAUAGACAACAACCCAAAGUCAACCUGAAGUCCAUCGGUGUGAAUGUCCAUUCAAACUCCUGUCGACCGCUGCUCUCAGUCAAAUGAGCACGCACAGCCAGCCGAACUCAACCUGAAGUCAAAUGCAGUUUCUUCAACACCUGUCGCCCGCUGCUCUCACUCUAGUAGUAGAGCAUACAGCACUCAACCCAAACUCGUUCCAAAACCCAAGAUACUUCCGAUCUUGCGUCGACUGCUCCAACCGAGUAUGCGGAACUUCGAAUCGGACUCAACCUGAAGUCCCCCAGCAGAUGAAAAUCCAUCGGCACCUGCCGCCCACAGUCUUCGCUCCAACAGAAAAUGCAGGGCUUAAGCUGCCUUCAACAACAGUUCCUCAUGGAUUCGGGGUCUUCGAGGCGCUCGGCCGAUCAUUUCAACUGAGUAUGCAAAAGCUCAAGGCAACUUCAACUAAAGCUCGUCAGGAGUUCAAUGUCAUUGGGACCCUCUGCGACUAGCAAUCUCAUCUUAUCAAUGCACGCGCAACUGACCCGUCAUAUUCAAUCCCAAAUCUAUCGGAGACUCAACAUCUCAACAACCUUUUGCCGAUCACUGCUCUCGGUCCAAUAGAGCAUACCAGAUUCAAAUUAUAUUCAACCAGAGGCCCCCACAAAGGAGGACAUUCGACCUUCAACCUUCCACCAAUCAACCUCUGCUCUUCUCUUGCGCCUGGCCCAUCUCUUGAACAAACCCUUUAGACUACGGGGUAGGGAAGGCUGUUCCUGUUUCUGCGCUGUCGUUGACACCGGUCGACUAUGAUACCUCUGAUGGAUCGCUCAAGGGUAUGAUAUUUAAGCAAGCCUAAUGGAACGGUGCGCAACGCGGUGGCGGAUACCAGGUGAACCAGCUAUUUCGCACUGGAGGAGUCAGGCACCACGACUUAGGAGUCAUGAAAUCCGCCGUGCAACACUCUGCUUUCUUCCAAACGUUGAGAUCCUCUAUUAUGAGCCGGCAUUCCAAUCCUUGGAAUAGUGUCCAACCUCGUGUAUGAAGAAGUUGAAACAUUCCACAGUGGGACGACAGCAUUGCUCUGGAAACACCGAUCCGGAAUGCGCAGGAAAGGAAAGGGCUGACCGGCGUUGAUGGAUUUCGUUUGUAUUGGCUGUGGAAUUGAUCCCCAGGUCAUGGGGCCAAAUUCUCCGCAGAGGCUCAUUGCGAGUAAUGAUCUUGGUGCCGGGAUCUAUCGACCCAUAAUUUCCCGUCUCAGAUGGCCAGUCCUUCUCGCAAAUAAACGACUCGCUGCAAUCCAAAAGUGGAUGAGUAAGUGGGCCGCAAAUCUCUGGCUCCUUUGUUGCAGCAGAGACUCGAUGGAGGAUGGCAAGGAGCAUUGCAAAGAUGAUGAGGGUGGGAAAUUUUGCCAUGGCUGUGCUGCGCUGUGUUGGGUUGUUGUCUCGUGUCGUGCGGAAAGGCUGGCAAAUCGCCACUAAAGGAAACUCUGGCAAAGGUGGAUGUUUCGAGCUGGUGCCCUGGAUCUGCGAGGGAAAAUCGCCAAUGUCUUGUCUGUGGGUGGAGGUGGUGAUCAGAGAGCUCUUAAAUAUGGACACCGCCAACUUGCGGUCAGCUUUGGAAUUGUCACUCAUAAGGUCCUCGUGCUCAAUUUGUUGGCAAGGUUUGCUUGAUCCAUGGCAGUCUCUCCAGAAUCAAACUGAAAAUUGAGGUAAUGUUGGCGCGGGACAAGUUCGCGAUGCAGGUUGUGGUUCAAAGAACAAAUUCUAAUGGGCUUCUGCUCUCGGUUCUGGUGGCUUGGGGAAGAGAUUGGUUGUCAGAGGGCGUCGAGGAUCUUUAGAUUUCUGCACCACUGGUAGUAUGCACGAGAUGGCAAGACGGAACCAGAUUGAAUAGGUGGCCGACCGCUGGGUGGCUGCAAAAUGUCGAAAUCAAGAACCUACACCCGC